CACCUCUUCAUUACACUCUUACCUACGGUACUAUGUAACAAAGCAUCCAUCUAUCGACUACCUUCUGGAUGCUGGUUUGGUCUAUAACAUAGAGGGUUAAAUCUCGUCACUCGAGAGUCUAAUGCGGCAUAGUCAUUCCUUUUGCCCAUCUAAGUACACUUUUCAUCAUUUCAUCAUGUCGUCUAUCAACGUAAAGCCGACCCUCAAGCUCGACACGUCGCAGCAGAUGCCCCCUCCGUCGAACCCUGAAAACCCGAGACCUAUCCUAAAGCUCAAUACAGCAUCUCGACAACCAUCAUUCAGCGGCGAUGUUGGCACCCCUACGCCAUCUGCAGAGAGUCGGAAAAUUAAGAUCAAGAUCAGUAGUCAACCAACUACACCAGCUGCUACACCCCUCGCCCAAACACCAACCAUAACCAAAUCCAAAGCCGGUAGAACAUCCAAGCCAACGCAGAAACUUGUUGAAUCGAAGAAGCGCCCAUACGAUAGCGAUGAAGAUCGGCCAUUGUCUGUCACUCGACACGAAAGCCGGCCCAGCAAAACAAUCAAGAUCAAACCAACCAUAUUCAAGCCAGAUCGCGCAUCAAAUACGGCGUCAACGCCUAUUAGCACCAUCAAGUUCAAGCCUAGAGGUGAACCUGUUGAACAUCACCCUGGAGAUGCUUACGACUCCGAAGCUAGCGACCGUGAAGCUGAUCCUGUCCGGGAAACUACAUUCAUUCUUCGCGUCAUGCCAGGAGCCGCGACAGAGUACUUGAAAAAGGCGUUGGCUGAGGGCACUAUCGGCGUGCCCAAGCAGAACGGAGGCGCGGAUUUCGGUGUACAGUUCCUCGAUGCUAAGCAGCGACGAGCUAUGGUCACCAUUGACGGAACCCACUACGCCGCAGUUCUUGUCCAGCUACCAACUAUUACGGAGGCGAUGAAGUCUUGGGACCGUAAAAACAUGAUGAAGAACUCGGAUAUUGUUGAGAUGCUUUUAUGUUUUGCAACUGUUAACAGCGAAACCGAAGCCAAGACGAUCGCGCUUCCAUCUAUAGCUACUAAGAAUGACUAUAGGUGGCCUCACGGUCUUACUCCCCCCAUGCACGAUGCCUACCAUCGACGAUUCAGAAAGACCGUAUCAGAGAAGCAGUGGCAGAGUACUGCUGACCAAGUAGCCAAGCUGCUCGAGGAUGACGCAAACGCCUUAGAAUCUCACAGUGAACUCAUCUGGAACGAGGAUGACUUCUCUGAGGAUUCCGACGACGAAGAAGAUGCUGAAGGCGAAGCUGAGCAGGACUAUUUUGGAGAUCAUGCUGGUGUCCAGGACGAUAUGGAAGAGGAUGCUGAAGACGAUGAAAUGUUGGCAGCCAUGGAAGCCGAGCUCGCAGAGAGCGGAAUGCAUCAUGAAGAGCCUGCAGCGGCCACGCCAGCCAUGCAACUAGAGGCGCAAACUCCUAUGACAGUCGAAGGAAAUACUCCCGCGGCCAUGCCGGAAAUCCUAUCAGAAGAGGAUGAAGAUGAAGAUGACGAUGACGAUGAAGAUGUUGAGGAUGGUGACGACGACGAAGACGACGACGUCGACGAGGAACAGUUAGUGGCGGAACGAGAACGCAAGGAGAAGCUCGACGAAAUCGAGCAUCUAAAGAAGUCACUCGACGAGACCAUACGCCAACUUUCUGAAGUCACGGCGCCAAUCUUGAAGAAGCGUGUCCUUCUCACAAAAGCCAACCUCGAAAAGGAGAUUGCCGUCAAGAAAGCUGCGCUGGGCUUGACAGACGAGGAUUAAGGGCUAGAGCGCAUAAUAUAGAACCCGUGUGCUGGAGAAUAGUGGUCCCAAUUUCACUUGGUGCUUUCUCAGGCGUUGAUGUCGAUUUGAUGAAAAGGAAGAUGGCAUUGGAAGACUAGAAUAUGGCUCAAAACGAUACCCCUUAGUGCUACCUAACAUAGGCAAAGUAGCUUGAAUACUCAAUUAAUCAGUUAAAUACUCUUUA